AUGAACUCGAGAACUACAACAAAAGACCAAGAAAGAGUACGAAGAGACAGUAGUCUCAGCAAAACUGAACAGAACUUCCUGGAGUCGAUACAGAAUAAUAACGCUGUACGCAGAAAAGAAGCUAUAAAAGAAAUAGUUUUAAAGUGUUCAGCAACGUCUUUCGACGUUUACAUAGAUGAAAUAAAAAGACUCUCAUGGGAAAAUUCAAAGUUGCGGCAGAAAGAUCACAUGAUAGACAGGAAAGGCAAGAUGGAGAAAAUACAAGAACGAAUAAUAUCGCAGAAAAAUGAACAAAUAAGAAAAAUUUCGCAAGAAGUAGAGAAAACGAGAUCAGAACUAAAAAGGAGAAAACAGGAAGAAAUUGUAGAAAUACCAGUUUUACCAGAAAAUACCUAUAGGCCAAGAAAGCACGUGACAUAUUUUUCUAUGAUAUACCAAAAUAUUGGAGCGAAGAAGACAAUUGAUAAAGAAGGGAAAUAUAUACGACUUUACGAAACAACUGCAGCAAACUUCCAAGACAGCAUUCAUCAAAAUUAUCAAGAUCACAAAAAAUUGGAAAGUGAUAGGAUAUUUCAAGAAUCUCAAAGAAAUGGAAGAAGCAAUGGUGAUGACAAGUCGAGAAUAAAGAAACUGAAUGAGAAGGUAAUUCAGGAUAAGGAGACAGCAAUGAAACCAGGGUUGGGAUCGCUUCUACGACCGGCUAGUGAACCGAUGACACCCAUGACACCACCAGAGAGAAUUUAUAGAGAACUAGGAAAUUUCGCUUCACAAAAAGAUAGCUUGUUGCAUCCAUCAAAGGAAGAAAAGCCAAUAAGGACAAACAAAACGCCAGACGAAGAAAAAGUAGUUGAUAUGAUCAAAAAUUGGAGAGUUAGAGAAGAGGAUAUUCCAGACCAUAAUGACAAAUCAGAAAAUAAAAGAAUGCAAUCUCACCUGAAGAAAGAUAACGUAGCACCAGAAGAGGUGGUUGAAAUCAUAAAAGAUCACAGAACAACAAAUAAAAUUAAUUAUGUUCAGUAUCAAGAAUCAACCUUCGAUGGAUCUCUGGUCGACAAAUUAAAGAAAGUGAAAGAUAUUUUCAUUCAAACGUCCAACGAAAUGGAAUGGGAAAAAAUCAAUAUUGAGGUUGUGGACGAACUACGCAAGGAGAAUAAUAUAAGGACUUGGGAGGAAGCAAAGGCUUGGGUUUUGACAAAAAACAAUUUUUUCCGAUUAGGACAAAAAAUUAUAGGUUUAGCGGAACAAACGCAAAUAUUCACAGAAUAUACAACCCUAAACGAUAAUUUCAAACAAAGAAUGGAAAUUGAAAAUCGCUACCAAAAUAAUAAUAAAACUGGAGAAAAGAGACUAUUACUGGAAUCUCUGAAGAAAGAGAGUGAAACAGAGAAUAAUGACUACGUUGAUGAAGAGAAUACAUCUCCCUCGGAAUGCUGGGUAACUAAUCUGCAAAAUUCUCAGAAUCAGGAAAUCCAGUUUACGAUGAAAGAUGAGAUUAGAGAAGAAGAUGAGAAAGAAGAGGAAGAAGCCAUAGCAUCAACAUCAUCACCAAAGAAAAAAAGCAGAAAAAAGAAGAAGAAAAAGGGCAACAAGAAGAAUUAG